AUGGAUUUUGCGCAUUGCUAUCUAGACGGCAAUGCCGAUGCUGUGGAAUUCUGUCCUCACGAUUCUUUCCACCACAUUUUAGCUGCUUCGACGUACACGCUACAAGAGGGUGAUCAGCCCACUCGAUCAGGAAGCAUAUCGCUCUUCAAUGUCAAUGCUGAUGUGGGUAGUCUUGAUUUGAUUCAUAGGGUGGAGACAGCUGGUAUUUUUGAUAUAAAGUGGAACCCAGUUGGGGGUAAUGUUGGUCGUCUGCUUGCUCAAGCUGAUGCUGAUGGUUACUUGAGGAUUCAUAGGCUUGACAAUUCUGUGGAUGGAUCUGAAGUUCUUGACGGCAAUGCCGAUGCUGUGGAAUUCUGUCCUCACGAUUCUUUCCACCACAUUUUAGCUGCUUCGACGUACACGCUACAAGAGGGUGAUCAGCCCACUCGAUCAGGAAGCAUAUCGCUCUUCAAUGUCAAUGCUGAUGUGGGUAGUCUUGAUUUGAUUCAUAGGGUGGAGACAGCUGGUAUUUUUGAUAUAAAGUGGAACCCAGUUGGGGGUAAUGUUGGUCGUCUGCUUGCUCAAGCUGAUGCUGAUGGUUACUUGAGGAUUCAUAGGCUUGACAAUUCUGUGGAUGGAUCUGAAGUUCUUGGGAUUCUGAAAGAGAUCAGUGGUGAACAUGUCAGUUCCUCUAUGUGCCUAUGCCUAGAUUGGAACCCCUCAGCUACAUCCAUCUCGGUGGGCCUUUCAGAUGGCUCAGUCUCGGUAAUCUCCCUUCUUGAAUCCCAAGUUCAUGCAGUGCAAGAAUGGAAAGCUCAUGAGUUUGAGCUAUGGGCUACUUCCUUUGAUAUCCAACAACCACAGCUUGUGUACACCGGUUCAGAUGACUGCAAAUUCAGUUGCUGGGAUUUGCGGGAUGGUCCUUCUAAGUUGGCAUUCCAGAAUUCAAAAGUUCAUAAAAUGGGUGUUUGUUGUAUUGCAAAGAGCCCCAGUGACCCCUAUACUUUACUUACUGGUAGCUAUGAUGAGUACCUGAGGGUAUGGGAUGUGAGAUCAAUAUCAAAGCCAAUAAAUGAAAGUUCCAUCUGUUUAGGGGGAGGAGUUUGGAGAAUCAAGCAUCAUCCCUUUGUACCUGGCUUUGUCCUGGCAGCAUGUAUGCACAACGGGUUUGCAGUUGUGAAUAUAAAGGCAGAUCAAGCUGAAGUUAUUGAAAUGUACAGUAAUCAUGGGUCACUUGCAUAUGGAGCUGAUUGGCAUAGAGGGGAUUUAUGCCACAAAAGUACAAAGAAGAGUACCGUAGUUGCUACUUGCUCAUUUUAUGACAAACUCCUUCGGAUAUGGAUGCCAGAAUGUGAUUUAACAACUUGA